CGGGCCCGCCCGCCCGCCCGGGGAGCCGCCGGCAGUGGCCGAGGAGGCGGCGCGGCGCACGGCGGCCCGAGAGUAGCGCCCGCGCUGCGGCCCGCGGGACCGCGCCGCGACCGCCCGGGCCGGCCCGAGGAGCGCCCGCCGCCGCCGCCGCCGCCGCGCGUGGACCGAGGAGAUGUGGGACAUGUGGAUUUGGGAUAUGAAUUCAUUUGAAAAACCACUUUGGGGUUAUGAACGUGAUUUCUGAUGAAACUGGAUUGGAAUAAUUUUCAUGAUCUUUAUAUAUUUAUGUAUAUAUAUUUUAAAAUUUUGCAUUUGACUUAAAGUGCCAUGAGAAAAUUUGCAUAUUGCAAGGUGGUCCUAGCCACCUCCUUGAUUUGGGUACUCUUGGAUAUGUUCCUGCUGCUUUACUUCAGUGAAUGCAACAAAUGUGAUGAAAAAAAGGAGAGAGGACUUCCUGCUGGGGAUGUUCUAGAGCCAGUACAAAAGCCUCAUGAAGGUCCUGGAGAAAUGGGGAAACCAGUCGUCAUUCCUAAAGAAGAUCAAGAAAAGAUGAAAGAGAUGUUUAAAAUCAAUCAGUUCAAUUUAAUGGCGAGUGAGAUGAUUGCACUCAACAGAUCUUUACCAGAUGUUAGGUUAGAAGGGUGUAAAACAAAGGUGUAUCCAGAUAACCUUCCUACAACAAGUGUGGUGAUUGUUUUCCACAAUGAGGCUUGGAGCACACUUCUGCGAACUGUCCAUAGUGUCAUUAAUCGCUCACCAAGACACAUGCUAGAAGAAAUUGUUCUAGUAGAUGAUGCCAGUGAAAGAGACUUUCUGAAAAGACCUCUAGAGAGUUAUGUGAAAAAAUUAAAAGUACCAGUUCAUGUAAUUCGAAUGGAACAACGUUCUGGAUUGAUCAGAGCUAGAUUAAAAGGAGCUGCUGUGUCGAAAGGCCAGGUGAUCACCUUCUUAGAUGCUCACUGUGAGUGUACAGUGGGAUGGCUGGAGCCUCUCUUAGCCAGGAUCAAACAUGACAGGAGAACAGUGGUAUGUCCUAUUAUUGAUGUCAUCAGUGAUGAUACUUUUGAGUACAUGGCAGGCUCUGAUAUGACCUAUGGUGGAUUCAAUUGGAAGCUCAAUUUUCGCUGGUAUCCCGUUCCUCAAAGAGAAAUGGACAGAAGGAAAGGUGAUCGGACUCUUCCUGUCAGAACACCCACAAUGGCAGGAGGCCUUUUUUCAAUAGACAGAGAUUACUUUCAGGAAAUUGGAACAUAUGAUGCUGGAAUGGAUAUUUGGGGAGGAGAAAACCUAGAAAUUUCCUUUAGGAUUUGGCAGUGUGGAGGAACUUUGGAGAUUGUUACUUGCUCACAUGUUGGACAUGUGUUUCGGAAAGCUACACCUUACACGUUUCCAGGAGGCACAGGGCAGAUUAUCAAUAAAAAUAACAGACGACUUGCAGAAGUGUGGAUGGAUGAAUUCAAGAAUUUCUUCUAUAUAAUUUCUCCAGGUGUUACAAAGGUAGAUUAUGGAGAUAUAUCAUCGAGACUCGGUCUAAGACACAAACUCCAAUGCAGACCUUUCUCUUGGUACCUAGAGAAUAUUUAUCCUGAUUCUCAGAUUCCACGUCACUAUUUCUCUUUGGGAGAGAUACGAAAUGUGGAAACAAAUCAGUGUUUAGAUAACAUGGCUAGAAAAGAGAACGAAAAAGUUGGAAUUUUUAACUGUCACGGUAUGGGAGGUAAUCAGGUUUUUUCUUAUACUGCCAACAAAGAAAUUAGAACAGAUGACCUUUGCUUGGAUGUCUCCAAACUUAAUGGCCCAGUCACAAUGCUCAAAUGCCACCACCUAAAAGGCAACCAACUUUGGGAGUAUGACCCAGUGAAACUAACCCUGCAGCAUGUGAACAGUAAUCAGUGCCUGGACAAAGCCACAGAAGAGGAUAGCCAGGUGCCCAGCAUUAGAGACUGCAAUGGAAGCCGGUCCCAACAGUGGCUUCUUAGAAACGUCACACUUCCAGAAAUAUUCUGAGACCAAAUUUACAAAAAAAGAAAAAAAUAAGGAUUGACUGGGCUACCUCAGCAUACAUUUCUGCCACAUUCUU